AUGGUUCUCAAGACAGAGCUCUGUCGUUUCAGUGGGGCAAAGAUUUAUCCUGGGAAAGGCAUCAGAUUCAUUCGUUCUGAUUCUCAGGUGUUUCUGUUUGCCAAUUCUAAAUGUAAGAGGUACUUUCACAACAAAUUGAAGCCGUCAAAGCUUACAUGGACAGCCAUGUACAGGAAGCAGCAUAAGAAGGAUAUCGCUCAAGAGACUGUAAAGAAGAGGAGACGCACCACAAAGAAGCCAUACUCUAGGUCCAUAGUAGGUGCCACCUUAGAGGUCAUCCAAAAGAAGAGAACCGAGAAGCCCGAAGUUCGUGAUGCAGCUAGAGAAGCUGCUCUCCGAGAAAUCAAGGAAAGGAUCAAGAAAACAAAGGAUGAAAAGAAGGCAAAGAAGGCAGAAGUGAUGGCUAAGGUGCAGAAGGCACAGGGCAAAGCUGGUGUUUCCAGGGGUGCCACAAAGGGUCCUAAACUUGGUGGUGGUGGUGGAAAGCGCUAA